AUGUCUCCUGAACGUGUCUUCAUUGUUGGUGGUACUGGUAAUAUUGGUGAAAAGACAGUUCACGAUCUUUUGGCCAACAAUGUGCCUGUCACUUUAUAUGCUCGUAAUCCCGAGAAAGUCAAAUCAACUUUUACAGUCAAAUCUGAACUUAUCAGUAUUGUUCAAGGCGACUACAAUGAUCUUUCUCCUCUUAAAAAAGGUGUUGAAGGCCAUACGCGUCUCUUCUUAUUAAUUGCUGACUUUGGUGUCUUUGUCAAAACCAAGCAAACAAUUGCUGAAUACGCCUAUGCUGCAGGUGUCAAACAAAUCGUUGACAUUUCUUCAUUCACUGUCAACGGUGGCUGGAGAAGCUCAUUCAUCGGAUCAAAUCACUACCUUGCUGAAAGGGCCAUAUUUGAAAUCCCUAACCGUGGUGCUUUUGUUGCUUUGCGUCCCGGUAAGUUUAUGUCUAAUUUGCAUUCGAUGGCUCGCAUUGCCACUGAAGGUGUUCUUUACGACACUGAUCCUGCAGACAAACCUCAAACAUGGAUUUCUACAAAUGAUAUUGGCGCUGUUGCUGCUGUCAUCUUGCAAGAAGAUAUUCAAAAGCAUGGUGAUAAUACCUAUACUUUAAACAGUGAUAUUGCAACUCCUGCUCAAGUUGCUGCUAUUAUUUCUCGUCUCCUUGGUCGUGAAAUUCCUUUCAAGCAAUUAAGCUCUGCUGAACAUUACCAUAAGCUGGUUGGACACCAUGUACCUCAUUCACUUGCUUUUGAUCUUUGUGAUAAUCUUAAGAGUAUUGAAGAAACAAGAGUUGGUGCAGCCGUUGAAGUCCUUACUGGUAGAAAGCCUGAAACUUUGGAAGAAUACCUCACUGCUAACAAACAUCUCAUCAAAUAA